ACCACUUCCCUCCAGUCAGACUUGGCCCCAUUUAAUACUACUCUCUGUUUUCUACCCCUGAGCCAUCCACUCCACUAGUACUGUACCCCUAUCCCAUGCAACCUCAGUUUAUGCACUAGCCUCCUGUGUGGUACCUUAUCAAAAGCUUGACUAAAAUCUAGAUAAAUUACCUACGGCUAUACUGUUUCCCUCAUCUAACUGCUUUGUAAUGUGUUCUAAGAACUGUAGUAAGUUUGUGAGACACGACCUACCUCAUCUAAACCCAUGCUGAGAGUCCCUAAUUAGUCUAUACUGAUCUAAAUGCUCCCAAAUACUACCCUCAAUAAUUUUCUCCAGAAUCUUACACACACACACACACACACUGUAUACUAGUCAAACUGACUGGCCUAUAAUUACUAACAUCCUCUUUCCUACCUUUCUUAAAAAUGGGUGUAACAUUAGCUAACUUCCAGUCCUGAGGUAUCUCUACGUAGGAGCAAGUCUCAAAACAACGGUUUAUCUGCCACACCCGUUCAUGCCGGAUAAACCAAGGACUACUGUAAUGAUGUACUUUUUUCAUAGACGUUAAUGUUAACAUUCAAUACAUUCUUGCUGGAUUAACGGUAUCAACGUUAACAUUUACAUUAACAAUAUAACGAUGUUAAGAUUAUGAUUAACGAAGCCCACCACUGAUCAUUGGCACCUUCCUUAUAGACACAAGUCUAUUUUUCUGUCAAAGAAAGUACAUGAAAUAUUUCAGACGAUAAACUGAUGAUUCCCGUCAGCUUAACGCCAGUACUUUCCACUCUGUUGUGCUAUAAGGAAGUACCAUUGUAAAAGUCACACGAAUUUUGAACUGGAAACUUUACACGGGAAUUUUCGGGAAUACUCAGGAAUUUUCAUUAAAUUAGAGAAUUAAACAAAAUUGUCCUUUUUUAUUUUUUUUUACUUAUUUUUAUUUAUUUUUCAAGUUCAGUUUUAGGGGACAGUUGUUGAAUGUCCCGCUGGUGGCACAGGGGCAGGAUUUUUGAAGUGGCGCCUAUUGAGGCUCAUGUGGCUGGUGAGAGGCACACUGAUCCCGCGGUGAGUCUGAGCUGAUGCGAUCAGGACAGGACUGGCUCUGGAAACUGGAGUCACUGGACACGAUCAGUAGAGAUGAUUCAUGCACAGUGCUGUGCUAACUAAGGUUCAAGACUGUUUUAUCCACACUUUAUGAAGAUUGUAUUGCCUGUUUAAUUACAGUAUUAUCCCUGCCUGCUUGACACACACACACACACACACACACACACACACACACACACACACACACACACACACACACACACACACACACACACACCUCCAGUGUGUUCCUGCUGUAGUGCCUCCCUCACUCUGCCUCUCUGUUUCAGGGUGACAACCCCGAGGAGUGUCCAGUGUGCCUGACAGGCUUUGAUGACUUAGUACAGCGGCCACGCACUCUGCCCUGUGGCCACACAGUCUGCACACUGUGCACAGAUAAGCUGAAGGAGCAGGGCCGUGUUACCUGUCCGGAGUGCCGCGUCAGCCAUGUCGUGCCCGAAGGCGGGCAGUUCCCUGUCUGCUAUAUAGCUGAGGCCUUAAUAAGAAGGAUGAGAGAUGGCAAGGCGGCGGAACCAGCAGCAGCCUCGCCGCCACCCAGUGCCGGGAAGGGGAAAGGGGCAGCAGGAUCAGCUGGCAAGAAGGGAGCAGCGGGUCUCUCCAAGAAAAUGCGUUCCUUUCUGCAGGAACAGGAGGCCACAGUUGUGGCCGCCAUCACCGCCUGCCAGGAGGCUCAGUCCCAGCUGGACCAGUAUGAGGCCACCCUGACAGGCUGGGUCGAGCGGCAGCAGCAGCUGGAGGACAGCCUCCAGGGACUGAUGGACCAGAGCAGGAGUUCCAGGGAGCUCCUGCAGCAGGAAAAGUUCCGUGUGGCACCGAAGAGGAAGGAGGCAAAGAAGAAGGAGCAGGAGCUGCAGGCUGUGCGGGAGAAGUUGCGCACUCGUGCAACAGAGCAAGAGGCACUCAAGAUGGCUGCUGAAGUGAUUCACCUCACCAGUGAGGCGGAGCAGGUGUUGGAGGAGUGCCAGCAGUGUUUCCCUGACGCCGGCAUCCUCACCACCGCCAGGAAGGUGAGAGAGGCAUCUAGUGCAGCCCUGGAGGCCGCCAAGGCUGUCCAGGCGGCUCUGGAAACUGUUUCUACAGAAGAACCCAGGCCCCAGUCAGUCCCAGAAGAACCCAGGCCCCAGUCAGUCCCAGAAGAACCCAGGCCCCAGUCAGACCCAGAAGAACCCAGGCCCCAGUCAGACCCAGACCUCACCAUCAUGGAAAAAGUGCAGUUCAUCUUAAAGCCAAGCUUGAAGGCCGAGGACUUCCGCAGUCUGACACAGCGCACCAGGAGCCUGCUGCAGGCUGGCCGGGUGUUUGCUGUGCACCAGGUGGAAGGUCAGCUCCGACAAGCAAGAAUAGGCCUCGAAGCCGGCCGGGUGUGCCUCCAUGCCCUGGCGGACCAUCCCCCGCCACUGGGCGCGUCAACCCUGCAGGUCAGCCAGGUCGUGCCGCCCUCCCCCCCCUGCACGGUGUUCCUGGACCUGUCCUGGCCGGGCCGUGCGCCGCGCCGGGUCCACAUCCGUCUGAGCCCCGACACCCAGCGGGGCCGCCAGUUCCUGAUGCUGUGCACGGGGCAGCGCGGCCCCUCCUACCGCGGCACCAGGCUGUACGAGGUGGUGUUGAAGGGGGGGCCGGGAGAGUGGGUGUAUGGCGGGGACUACGCGAGUAAUGAUGGUGAGGGGGAAUGUGUGCUGCUGCCUGGCCUUGAGGAGGGUGGGGAGAGGAGGCCAUGGCGGGCAGGGGAUGUGUGGGGGGAGGGGAGGCAGGGUGUGUUUGGCAUCACCACCAGGGACGAUCAGGGUGGGUGGCGUUGUUGUUGUGUCUUCGGUGAGGUGGUGGAGGGACUGCACGUGGUGGCCGAGGCAGCCCAACACAGCGACAUUAAGGAGGUGACUGUGGUGGACUGUGGCGUGGUGCUGUAAGGGUAUACUGGCCUGCACCACCACCACCACCACCACCACCACAACAUUAAGGAGGUGACUGUGGUGGACUGUGGCGUGGUGCUGUAAGGGUAUACUGGCCUGCACCACCACCACCACCACCACCACCACAACAUUAUAGAGGUGACUGUGGUGGACUUUGUGGUGUUGAGGGUACUGGCCUGCACCACCACCACCACCACCACCACAACAUUAUAGAGGAGAUUGUGGUUGUUUUCUUAAUGUAUUGUUGUUGUUUUUUAUUUCCUGUAACCUCAAGUUCAGUAUAAUGUGUUGGUCAGUUUCUUGUACUAUUGAGCAUGAUGUUUUGUACAGUACAGUAAUCCCUCCUUAUACACGGAGGUCAGGUUUCAAAUUAGACCGUGCAUUAAGAAAAAUCGUGUAUAACUACAUUAGACACUGGGAAAGGGCAGAAAAUUAAAGUUUACCCUCUUUUACUCAAAUUACUUAGUGUUCUUUUGCUGUGAAUUUCCCUUUUCUUCUAACACUUAAUUUUGAACGAGAACAUUAAUUGUCCGUCAUCCAAGGCUUCAUUAAACCAGUGUUUCUCUACACACAAAGGAAACAGUGUCCGCGCUGGACCUGUUUGCUGCUUCGUGCUGUUAAGUGUGUGUGACCUUCACGGAUGGAAAAAAAUAUCAUUUAUGCAAUAAAAGGAAUUGAAACUGGA